GUCGAUUUCACCGCCAUCGCUUACCCCAUCAUCGAUCCACCGCCGCCGCAUCUCCUUCAUCCUCUGCGCCGGUCCAGCACUCGGGUUCACCCUCCCGCCGCCGCCCUCCCCUAUCCCCCGCCACAGCAGCUUCCCUUACUCGUUCUAGCUCCCCGUCGUCUCCCCGGCGCCGGAUUUUUUCACAUCCGCAGGAGAUUGAUGGGUGAGAAGGGAAAAUCGAGGAUCCUCUACUCAAAUCCGCAAGCUGGGAAAGAGCAGCUCCUCUGCAGCUGGAUUCCUGGUAAUGAAUUAAUUAAUGAGAGGUUGAAUGGGCUAUUCUGA